AUGGUUGAAUCAAAUGAAUUUAUAGUUGGAGAUUAUAAAUGGAAAAUGGUCAUUUAUCCUGGUGGGAACAUACUUGAAAAUGGAGGUGAUCAUAUUUCAGUUUAGUUGUCUAUUUUAUGAACAAGUUCCUUGCCUGUUGGUUGGGAAGUCAAUAUUGUAACCUUCUUUAUGUUCAAUCAACUCUCUGGUAGGGAAAAUGCGACUAAUAUAGACUUCGACUACCAUAAGAAAGUGAAGGCAUAUUGCAGCAUUAGCCUCAAGGGUCAAGUCUAUUAUUUCUCCAAGCUUGAUGAAUAUUGGCUUUCUGAAGAAUUUACUUUGGUAGAUUACAAGUGGAAGCUCUCGUUAUACCCAGAAGGCUAUGCAGAGAAAAAGGGACGUAAUAUCUCAAUACUACAUUUUGUUGAUUCUAAUAUGGACUUCGACUACCAUACGAAAGUGAAGGCAUGUUGCAGCAUUAGCCUCAAGGGUCAAAUUUUGUAUGCUUUCCAUUAA